GUACCACUCAUAGGGCAUUCAAAAAAAAUCAAAUGAGGUCCUCCAUCACCAUCCCACCAAACACAGAAGAGGAAGAACUAAAAGCAUCCCUACCAAAAGAGGUAUGGUUCAAUUCAUACCCCAUGUAUUUCUACCAAGAUUGUUGGAAUAUCAUACUAGAUUCCACUAUUUCCUGUCAAAAUCACUUUCUAGCUCACCCUUCUGAUAUCUUCAUUGCUAGCAUUCCCAAAACAGGUACAACUUGGCUCAAAGCAUUACUUUUCUCCAUCAUUAACAGGAAAAACCAUCAAAUUUCUCAAAGUCCUUUACUUAAACACAAUCCCCAUGAGUUAAUCACACAAUUAGAAUCAAUUAUUUAUGCAAAUCCAAAACACCCAGAUCUCAAAAUCCUUGAAAAAAGUCCUAGACCUAGACUUUUGGGUACCCAUCUUCCUUUUCGAUCAUUACCCAUUUCAAUUAAGAACUCUAAUUGCAAGAUUAUAUACAUAUGUAGAAACCCUUUUGACACUUUCAUAUCAUCUUGGUUAUUUUACUUAAACUAUGAUGAAAAUCAUGGUGUAAAUGAAGCUAUGAUGGAGGGUUACUUUGACAAGUUUUGUGAAGGGAAAUUCCCAUUUGGUCCUUUUGAAGAACAUGUAUUGGGGUAUUGGAAAGAAAGCUUGAAGAAUAAAGAGAAGGUAUUGUUUGUCAAGUUUGAAGAUUUGAAGAAAGAUUGUAAGGGUGAAUUGAAGAGAUUAGGAGAAUUUGUUGGAUACCCAUUUUCAAUGGAAGAAGAAAAGGAAGGUGUGAUUGAUGAUAUCAUAAAGUUGUGUAGUAUUGAGAGAUUGAAAGACGUUGAAGCAAACAAAAAUGGAAGGGUGUAUUCUUUCAUUGAAAACAAGUGGUUUUUUAGGAAAGGUGAAGUUGGUGAUUGGGUCAAUUACUUGAGUCCUUCAAUGGUGGAGAAGUUUGGGAAAAUAAUGGAUGAGAAAUUUUCAGCUUACGGGUUGAAAUUAUAAGUAGAAAUACAAAGUUUUUUUUUUUCAUAAAUAAGUUGGUUAUGGUGUAUGAUCUUUUGUUGAAUUUUCUAGUGUAAAUUAAAAUGCUAGCUUGUUAUGUUAGAUCAUAUUUGGUGUGAUUUCUUGCAAAGAAAUAAGAAUAUUGUACUAAAGUAUACAAGUGCAAUUUUAAUGCUCUAAAUUUUAAAACUUGUUCUAAGAUGAUGAGGUUAAUAUCCGUGUAAUACACAAUU